CGUUACUCAUAUUGUUGACGCUAGAGGCAAUACACAGUGCAUCACAACAGCUUUAUAUAACAGCUGUGACUUUUGUACCGAUACUUUUCCUCGUCGGUUCCUCCGAAGAACCAUUAUUGAGACUUGGCAAAACAGAGCCAGCGCUUCCUGUGGAAAAAGAGAAAAUGUCCCUGUCUGGCUGGGUGUGUGUAGUAACAGGUGCCUCCAGAGGCAUUGGCAGGGGAAUAGCUCUCCAGCUGUCGGAGGCAGGAGCCACCGUCUACAUCACAGGGCGCCAGGAGAAGACUCUGAAACAAACUGCUGCACAGGUUAAGGAGAGGGGUGGAAACUGUGUGCCAGUUAUCUGUGAUUCUACAAAAGAUGAACAAAUUGAAGAACUGUUUGAACGGAUCAAACGUGAACAGAAUGGCAGGCUGGAUAUCCUGGUUAACAAUGCCUAUGCUGGAGUACAGGCUAUCUUUGAGAAUAUGGGGAACAAGUUCUGGGAAACUGAUCCGUCCAUUUGGGAUUCCAUCAACAACACAGGCCUCAGGGGCCACUAUUUCUUCUCAGUUUAUGCAUCCCGGGUGAUGGUGGCUCAAGGUCGGGGUUUGAUAGUCACCAUUUCAUCAAUGGGGGGGCUUCGGUAUCUGUUCAAUGUUCCAUAUGGCGUUGGUAAAGCCGCAUGUGACAGGCUGGCAGCAGACAUGGCUGUUGAGCUGAAAAGUAGGGGAGUGGCUUCUGUCAGCCUGUGGCCAGGAGCAGUACAAACAGAGUUGGUGUCUCAGUACAUAUUGGCGAAAGACAUACCAAACGAUGUAAAUUCUAAGUUUAAAGAUGUAUUUGCCGACGGAGAAACAACAGAACUGAGUGGGAAGUGCAUCGUCAAUCUGGCAAAAGAUAAAAAUCUGAUGUCACUGACUGGGAAAGUGCUCAUGACUUGUGACCUGGCAAGGCGGUAUGGGAUUCGAGAUGUUGAUGGAAGGACUGUAGCUGAUUUCACUUCCCUAAAAUUCCUCCUGACCCAGGUCCCAUAUCUCUCCUGGCUGUCAGCUGUUGUUCCUUCAUUCGUACGCCUGCCACGCUUUGUGCUCUCCCUUGCAAAUAACCGGUUCUAAACAUGUCCUAGUAUCAUACUGUUUCAGUGACAUGGCUUCAUGUACGCGCUUCACACUGCAUAUCCAUCCAUCCACCAUUCACACACUGGUGCCAACUGCUCAUCAGACCAAAGAAACUAACUCAUUCACGCACGGAGGGGGUUCAGUAUCUUGCCCAAGGACACUUCGACAUGUGAUGUGGCCUGGGGGAAGCCGGGAUCGAACCGCCGACUAUUCUAUUAUUACUCGCUCUACCUCUAAGCCCCAGUCGCUCCUAUAGUUGUCAUAUCAUUGAUUUCAGAUCAAAUCCAUUACUGAUGGCUGACAAGAACCAAACUAUUUAAACUGACAAAGCUAUUUUUUAUUGUUUAAAUUAACUGCAUAUAUACAUCCAUUCCUACUUCAGUACUUAAUUAAUGCCAUUAUAUGAAGUUUGAGGCCAACAUAAAGGAUGCUCUAGCAUAUUUUCUUUAUUAACCAUUAACACUAACAUAAGCUGUGGGUGAAGCCACACGAUGUGAAGAUGUGAAUGUAUUAUUACUACAUGUCAUAUAUUUUCUUAAGCAGUAUACAAAAU